GCCCCGUUCGUUUGAAAGAGAGUACGUGCGUUGCGAGCGAAUCGCGUGAUGAGCCGCGGCGGAGUGCGCGAGUGAGCGAGAAACGAGGAACCUGCGGCCGAUCGAGUGGUGCGACGAAAGCGAGGCGCGACUCCGGUCGAGCCAGUCCAGCCGGCAGCAUGUUCCGCACGAAGAAGGACGUCGACCGCCACGUGCAGAACGUCUUCUGCAAGCUGCGGAACGAGAACGAGAAAAAUCUUCGUUGUUACAAUGUUGCCAAAUUGUAUUAUCAAGUUGGUGAUUAUGAAUCCACAAAAAGAUAUGUAUUUAAUUACUUAGAGGUACGAGAUAAUUCUGCCAGUGCCCAUAAGUUGUUGGGUCAGGCGUACGAGGCUCUCGGUCAGAAGGAAGCAGCUUUCAAUGAGUACAAAGUUUCCCUCGAACUCGAGGGGAGGCAAGAUGAUCUGGUCUUGAAAGUAUGUGAAUUAUUGGUUGACAUGGACAUAGGAAUGGAUGUUAAUAAACUGAAGUAUUGGGUAGAGAGAGCUGACAAACUGUUUCCACAUCACCCGAUAGUUUUUCAAUUGAAAGAAAAACUCUUGACUAUAGAGAAGCCAAACAACAGCAGCGAGGAUCUUGAGGCACUAAUCGCAUCUGAAUUGGCCGCGAGACCGGCUGACGUGCAACUUCGCAUUAAAUUGUUAAAUUAUUAUAUGUCGGAGCGUAAAUUGGAUAAAGCUUAUGAACAUGCCGUCAGCGUGGAGGCCACUGUCCCUCACAGGGACAGCAUUGUGUGGUAUCAGCUGCUGUACGAAUUACUGACAAAAUAUAAGGAGACCAAAUCCCACGACUGGUCGUUCUGGGUGUUCUAUAUAUCUGUAUCCGAUAAAUAUGCGGGAUUAUGUCUCAAGGAGCAAGGCGGCGAAACAAAGAAAAGCAUUCCAGAGGCAGCUCAGGCAGUAUUCAACUUUGACCAAAACCUGAACGAGAUGAAGUCAAAAAACUUUUCUAAGCAACACACCUUCACGGAGCACUUGUUCACGCACAUGUGGGGCCAGUUGCACUUCCACCUGGCGUGUUUGCUGUUGCGCAAAACGAAACGCGAGCAGGGCAGUUGGAACGAAGCGGGAAGGCUGUGCUCGCCUCUGUUAUUGACCGCGUUACACGUGGCUCCGUUAGAGAGCCGUUUGCGCAUACAGCUAGAGGACGAAUUUAAGAAUCAAUUCAACAUAUGGGCCAUGGAGGCGGCAUAUCGAUGUUGCCAAGCUGGCUACAUUCUUCAAAACUAUGCCAGAGAUGACACGAAAAAACUGAUAGAUAGAAUUGAUAAAUUUUGCACGGGACCCUGGAGAGAGCGUAUUUAUCAGAGAAUUUUUGUAACCAGGAUACACCUUGAUCAUAUGCGAAAUUCAUUUUUUUGCCACCAUCAUUCAGCUCCUGAUCCACCUUUACGCAUGUGCACCGCAAAUCAGCUAAGGACCUACAGCCAAAUCGCACAAGAGGUGUGGCCUGCCUCAUUGCACCAUCAAAUCUGGCUUGGAUUGGAGAAUCGGCCACAGCACAAAGACGCUCCGCAUCCGGAUCAGACCUCGCGCGUGUUUCCAGCAUUGCAGUUUUCGGUGUUCAAUACGAAUCAGGCGGCACCCGACAGCCUGUGUCUCAUCGAUAUCGACGCGUUUCUCAACGCGGCGAUACUCUGCUCGUCCGCCAUUCUGGAGGAACAGCAACUCGGUAGCUUCGUGAACCCGGAGAAACUGCCGACGUUGCCGAUCGAUCUUACCGCGACGCUGUCCACCAGUAAUCAGGAGAAAUGGUGGUCGGCGGCGUACAAGAUGUACUCCAAACGGGAGGACGUGGACGGCGACAUCGGCGAGUUACGGCAGGAAUUGCAACAGGGUUUGGAAAUCAUUCGCUGCAUCGGCAAUCACGGCAUGCAUCCGGUGUUGUUGGUGCAUCUGGCGCGCAUGUUUCAUCAUCGCGCGAAGACGACGAAGGAGAAGGAUGAGGCGAAUGGUUUCAUCCCCAAGUGGGAGGCGCGCUCCGAGCUGUACUGGACCGCCGCUCUACCGCUGCUGGAGAGGCUGCAGAACAAUCAAACGUUACGUAUGUCUCCGUCGAAGUUGUUCAAUUAUCAGGGCAAGGAGAUGAACAACUUCGAGCUGACGAACGCCCUCGAGGAGGGCAAGUUGCUGUUGGCUCAGCGGCUCGUGCGCGAAAAGCAGUACGAGCAGGCGAUCGACGCGCUGCAAGCGCUCAAGUGCCCGGAGGCGUCGUUCCAGCUGGCGCAGAUCUACAAGAUCUUCGCGGACGAGAUAGUGGACUCCACGCCGCGCGAGAGUCUAACCUCGGAGAUGCGAUCGCAGCACAUCAUAAUGCUGUCGAAGGCGAGAAAUUGCUUUUACCUUACUCUCGACCGACUCCGCAGCCCGGGCACGAAUCCCAAGCAUCCAUUGAACUCCGAGCUCGGCACUCACAUCACCGACAUCGAGAAUGAAUUGAAGAGGAUAGAUCCGGAUUUGGGUAGAGGCGAUUUAAGUAGGAAUAAUGACAUCGACGGUAUAUCCGAUGAGAGUUACUCGCCCACUCACAGCGCCGUGGAUCAGGCGGUCACGAAUCCGACAUUGCCCAUGCUGACGACGCUGACCGGCGGCGGUUCGAACAUGCUGAGUACGCCACAGAGGAACGCUCAUCGCACGCCGAAACACGCCAGCACGCCGUGCAGAUUGCAGGAUUAUUUCAAUCUGUCGAAACACCGCACGGAGGCACGCCCGAGUCCGGAGCGCCUCGACGCUCAGAUACGUCAGAUUGUGCAGUCCCGAGACAACGAGAUACAGGAAAUAACGGAGCAGAUGAAGAACGUGAUGAUGCAGAUGAAGAUUUUGAACGAUAAAGUGGACACUCUGACGAAAGAAGUGGUGGAGUCGCGUAAGGAGAAUCAAAAGUUCCAACAGCAACAACAACAGCAGCAGCAGCAGCAGCAGCGUGUUCAGCAGCAACAGAGCGUAAAUCCCGCUGUCGAUCCCGAAGACUUCUACGUUCUCGACGAUGACGAGUACGCCGAUUUGAGCUAUCAGAAUCAACCAGCCGGGCCGGCAUCCUCGAUUUCCGGUAACAUAUUCACACCGCAGCAUGCUCGGCACCCUUAUUCGUCGCUGAUGUACCCUUCGGCGGCGACCGCGGCGUUCCAGUAUUAUCAGGGAGGAUUACCGUUCACCGAUCCGAACGCUCAAGCGGCUAUAUCGUCCCUGUAUCCUCACACCGUCUACCCGAUGCCAAUGCUGUAUCCCAAUCAGAAAGUACCCGACAAUCUGCAACAGAGCCUCUUCGCAUCGACGCUCUCCUCGCAAUUGCCCGAUCUCAUGCCGGCAGCCGCGGCGAACACGUCAUUGCAAAUGUCGCUGAAGCAGAAGAUAGAAACGCCAUCGCGAACCAAAUCCGAGGCGACAUCAGGGACGGUGACAACCACGACGACGGCGACGACGACGACGAUUAUCAAAGAUGCGCCGGUGAACAAAGCGCCUCCUGUGAACGUGGUCAUCACGACAUCCGACACGCUACCGACCACGGUGCCGUCCACCCAACCGACUCUGAGCGUCACCAUACCGCCGCAGUAUCGGCUGGGAGGUGGAGCAGCUGCCACCUUCUCCACUACGCCCACAACGACGACGACAAUGACGACAACGAAAUCGUCUUCUUCCAGUGUGCCGCAUUGCUAUCAGAUUCCCAUGCCCCUGCAGGCCACCAUACCAACCACCGUCAACUUACCGCCAACCUCAGCCUACGUCCACGCGGCCAACAUCAAUGUGCCGAUCUACAGCAAUCUGACAACGUCACCGUCCAUCACGAUGACUCACACGACUGCUUCGCUAAGCGUCCAGAGUAAUACCGCUGGCAGUAAGAUACACGAUAAUUCCUACGGGUCGGUGAACUCGCCGAACACGUCUGCGGAGGUGUGCGAACAGGAGCACGACCCGAUACCGAACUUCGUGCCAGUCGUACCGUUGCCCGCGAAGGUGAAGAUCACCACCGGCGAGGAGAACGAGGACACGCUGUAUUGUGGCCGGGCUAAGCUGUUCCGCUUCGUCGAUAAGGAGUGGAAGGAGCGCGGCGUCGGUGACGUGAAGCUGCUGCGCAACGCGGAGAGCAAGGUGCGCCUGCUGAUGCGUCGCGAUCAGAUCCUGAAGAUCUGCGCGAAUCACAUGCUGAGGCCCGACAUGGAGCUGAGUCCCAUGACGAACAACAACAAGGCGUGGUUCUGGGUCGCCAACGACUUCGCCGACGAGGAGGUGAAGCUGGAGAAGCUGUGCAUCAGAUUCAAAACCGCGGAGGAGGCGAUGGCGUUCAAGGAGGCCUUCGAUCAGGCUAGACUCAACUUACCCGUGACGCCGGGAAAAGCGACCAAGACGUGCGAAAAAGUCUCCACCAGCGACAAAGACUCGUCCAAGACAAGUCAGGCUAAGACAAGUUCAACGACGGAAGCGGCUUCCUCGGACAAAUUGAAAUUUAGCACGACGACAUUAGGGGGAUUCUCCUUCAGCUCUAAACCUAUCAUUCAGGAGGUCAGCGACGCGGAAACGGGUGACUCCAAGAAGGUCGAAGAACCGCCAAAAGUCAGUCCGUUUAGUGGAUUUUCGUUCACCAAGUCAACCAAUAAACCCGAGACGAAAGUCACGACCACCGGCGCAACGAGUGUCUCGACGUCGUCUGCGAGCUUCGUCUUCGCCACGACUCCGACAACAAACUCGUCUGUUCUAACGACCUCCAACGCCUCGCCGAUAUUUUCCUCGCCCGCGACAACCGGCCAGAAUUCGACACUGAGGAGACCUCGUUUGCCGCCACCCGGCGCCACCAAACAGGGAUCGUCCAGCGAAGAGACGCGACCGCAGUCUGAAAAUGAGCAGAAGUUGUUCGUCGGAACGGCGAGCCUUCAGUGUCAAUGUAUGAACGGUGCCAGUGCCAUGCAGUGGAAGAGCAAGGGCACAGGACCGUUGAUGCUAUUGUUAAACAUGAAAUCCGGCAAGCUUCGCCUGCUACUGACGGACGACGAAAGCUCCAGGAUCUACAGCCACGGGAUUCCGUUGGAUAUGGCGUUUACGUACAAGAGUGGUACUACAGUUGUCAAUUGGACCGUUCCGGCAAAUGCCAAAGAACCCGGUAAGACCUGGUCGUCGCACGCCGCGACGUUCAGCACGCCGGAACUGGCCUCGCAGUUCUACAACGUCGUGUCGAGCUGUCAGCAGAAGCUAGCCAAAGGCGGCAGCCCGAGCGAGGUCGCAAAAGCGCUCGAGAGGAAGACUCAGGCGUCAUCGGGGGAAAGCGCUACGGAAGCGAAACCGCUGUUGUGGGAAUUAUUUAAACCACCGACCGAUUCCUGGGAGUGCAACAGUUGUUACAUCAGAAAUAAUGCCACGGAUAUGAAAUGCGUGGCCUGCGAGGCUCCGUCGCCUUCGGCGGCGAGCAGCAAGAGCGGCCCCGCGGUCGCUGGUAAGCCCGUUGAGUUUGGCAAACUACCGUUAUCAGAGCUGUUUAAACCGCCGACCGGUUCCUGGGAGUGCGGUGGUUGCUACACCAGAAACAAUGCCACGGAUAUGAAAUGCGUGGCCUGCGAGGCCCCGUCGCCUUCGGCAGCGAGCAGCAAGAGCGGCCCCGCGGUCGCUGAUAAACCCCUCCUUCAAUCUGGUAAACCACCGUUAUCGGAGCUGUUCAAGUCGCCCGCCGGCUCCUGGAGCUGUACAGGUUGCUACAUCGUCAAUUCCGGGGCGAACGUCUACUGCGUGGCCUGCGACAAUCCCAAGGACCCGUCACAGCCGCCCAAGCCGCAGCAGGCCAGCGUCUUCCUGCUGAACACGUCCGCUUCCGGCGCGACGCCCAUGACCACGUUCUCUUUCGGCAUUCCCAAGGACACCACCAAGGAAACGACUGCUGCCACCGGUUUCAGCUUCCGGAUGCAGGGGAUCCUGGGGGACAAGGGCACGGACGCGGAGAGCGCGAAGGUGACGCCAUCCAAACCCGAGGAGACCAACACAGGCACCAACUUCGUGUUCGGUAUGCCGGUGAAAAGCAACACCGCGUUAUUAAGCACGGGUGACUCGCCGUUCACCUUCGGCUCGCCCGCCAAGUCCUUCGGCUUUAACUUCACCGCCAAGUCACCGGCCAAGUCGCCCGGUGGCGGCGGCGAGACCAGCGAGGACGAGGUGGUGGAGAGCGAGGACAUUCACUUCUCGCCGAUCAUACCGCUGCCGGACAAGAUCGAGGUGAAGACCGGCGAGGAGGACGAAGAGGUGCUCUACAGCCAUCGCGCGAAGCUAUUCAGGUUCGACACCGCGGCGAAGGAGUGGAAGGAGCGUGGACUGGGCGAUAUCAAACUGUUGUGUCACAAGGAGACCGGCAAGCUGCGGCUGAUCAUGCGCCGGGAUCACGUGCUGAAGUUAUGCCUGAAUCACGUACUGUCCAGCGACUUGGAAUUCACGCCGAAGGACGAGAAAACGUGGCUGUGGACCACUGCGGAUUACAGCGAGGGCGAGAUCGAGUACAUGCAGUUCGCAUGUCGCUUCAAAACUUCCGAGAUUGCGGCAGACUUCAAGCGAGCGAUCGACGACGCCAGGAGGAACGUUAAACCGUCGGCCGCCACUGUCAGCAGCGAGAAGACGGAUAAAUCCGCGACGAGGACGACCGCCUCGUCGAACAAGGAGCUCGAGAUCGUCUACGAGACGAGGGUUACUCCGGAGGAGAAGGCGGCAGCCUUGAAGUUGCAGCUACCGGCAAACUUCUACUCUUACAAGCAAAAGGAAGACUGUCCUGGCUGUAGAGGCUGCAGGAAACCGGGCAUAGUGCUGUACCCGGACGUCACCGGGCAAGACACAACGAAGUGGAAGCCCGAGUUGGACAGGAAGAAGACGAUAGCGCAAUCGUCGUCGAAGGACACGAGCUCGCGCACGAGUUCGUCGAGUGGUACUGUUGAGAGUACCGGCGAAACUACUCAGAGCGCAACGCAAUCCCCGUCAGUCAAGAAUGGAUUCUCUUUCGCGACGUCCACGACUGCGACGUUCAAGCCUUCGGCUACUCCCAACUUCGACAGCUCCACAAUGAGCUUCGGCACCGGCGAUCUGAAGCUGUUCAACGACAAGAAAACUACGACUUUUUCGUUUGGCAUGAACCCUCAGUUCGGCACCAACGAAACGGCGGAGAAGACGGCGACGAAUGCCGCGCUCGAAAAUCUCAAGAUCUGUAGUCCCACCGAUGCUCAAACGACACAGACGACCGCUUUCAACGCGACCAACACGGCUGCACCGAUAUUCGGCCAGGUGACAUCGACGACCGUAUUCAAACAGCCUGCCUUCACCUUCGAUUCUGAGAAGAACCUCUUCGGCGGCGCCUCGUCGAAAGCACCGCUCUUCAGCGAGGGCGGCGGUGACGGUACCGUUUCCUCUACCAACGCCACCACCACGGCGACCACGGUCGCCACAUCGACGGUCACGUCCAGUCAGUCGUCCAACUCGGUGUUCGGCUCGACGCCCUUCUCCAAGAUGACGUUCAGCGGCAACAGCGCUUCUUCGCCGUUCGCCGGAACGACCGCAACGACGACGAACUUCUUCGGUGGGACGGUGGCGCCAACGACGACGAACAUCUUCGGUGGGACGGUGGCGCCGGCGACGACGAACAUCUUCGGCGGGGCGACGGCGGCGACAACGACGACGAACAUCUUCGGCGGGGCGACGGCGGCGACAACGACGACGAACAUCUUCGGCGGGACGACCGCUGCGACGACGACGGCCAACAUCUUCGGCAAGACGACGACGGCACCGACGACGUCGAGCAUCUUCGGCGGGACGGCGGCACCGGCAACGACGAGCAUCUUCGGCAGUGCGACAGCACCCACCGCCGCGGCGACAAACGUCUUUGGCACGGCGACGACGACGAAUGUUUUCGGACCGACGACUAUCUUCGACUCGAAACCGUUGGAUAACGUGCAGAAGAACGAGGAUAGUCCGAAUUUCUUGUCGACGAAUGACAUGUCGUUCUCAGCGCUCGCUGCGAAGGCGGUGCAACCGGAGGCCUUCAAAGUCGAUCCCAACUUUUCGUUCGCUGGUGCGGGAUCAUCGGUGUUCGGCUCGAAAUCCAAUACAUCACUGAAUAGCUCGGCAUCGGUUAAAAACAAAUCGCACGAAGAUUCCGUGCAAAAGGAGGACAAUGAAGAGGACGACGGCGAAGUGGAGAACGAGCAGGAUCACGAUCCUCACUUUGAACCUAUUGUACCUUUACCGGAUGCCAUCGAAGUCCGAACUGGCGAAGAAGAGGAGGAGAAAGUGUUCUGCCAGAGAGCCAAGUUGUACAGAUACGACGCUACUACGAAGGAAUGGAAGGAGCGCGGCGUCGGCGAGAUGAAGAUACUGCAUCAUGUGGGCCACGGCAGCUACCGACUACUCUUACGCCGGGAACAAGUGCACAAGGUCGUCUGCAACUUCCUGAUCACCCCCAACGUGGAAUUUUAUCCGAUGUCCACGUCGGAACAGGCCUGGAUGUGGGCCGGCAUGAACUACGCCGAGCAGGAGCCGUGCGCAGAACAGCUGGCGAUUAGAUUUAAAUCGCCCGAUCUGGCCCGGCAGUUCAAGGCGCAUAUCAAUAAUAUUCAGCAAAAAUUGCGCGAGAGGAGAACUACUGAAGGUGAAAGAUGCAUCGGCGAAGUGGAGGACAGCGAAGAACAUGAUCGAGGCGUGGAUGAGGAGGAAGAGGAGGAAGAGGAGGGUGACGAGGAAGAGGAAGAUGAGGAGGACGAUCAGGAGAUGCUUCCUAUAAUCGAGAAACGUGCCACCGUGUUCGCGAGAUGGCCUAACGACAACAAGUGGGAGAGCGUGGGCUUGGGGAACCUGGCGAUCCAUUACGACUCCGAGAUCUACGCCGAGAGAAUCGUCUUGAAGCUCGACGACUCGGACGAGUACGCGAGCAACACCAUCAUCAGCAUGGAUUCGGUGAUGCGGGUGGAAGGCAAAGAGUGUAUUUGGAGCGGGAUCGAUUACGCCUUGGACCAUCCACAGAGGAGAGUUCUGAGGGCAGUCUUCUCGUCAGUGCAAGCGGCGCAACAGAUGCAUACAUUUUUCGAGGAUGGAGUGGACAGCGCGAAGCAGGCCGGCGUCGUCGAGUAUCACGAAGCAGAGUGAAGAUCUUUAGCUAAUAAGUAGCUGCUAAUUGGCUGUUAAUAAUUCAUUAUCUUCCUACGUUAGCGUAAAAAUGUUAAAACGGGUUGUUUCUUGUCGCUCUACUCAAGUUGUUAAGACUAAGAGAAAAAUCUAGAUUUUUACAUAUUUAGCUUCCCUUUUGUUUCUCUCUUUUGUUUUUAGGCUCAAGACACGCGAAGUUUGACAAGUACAAUUAUCUGUAAUAGGCACGCGAACACAAAAGUGCAAGUUCCCGUAGUAAUAAUUUAUGUGCUGCGAGAAAAUACUUAUUUAUAACUGCACAAAGUGGAGAAAAGUAGAGGAUCAAACAUCACGAUGUUUAUUUCGUUCGUUUAUUUUUAUACUAGUCUUAAGAAUGGUUCCCUCUUUUUUUUUUUUAAUAAAAUAUGUGCCAAAACUGAAAAUCGCUUUCUACUUCGCAACGAAAGCAUUUCCACGUAGCUACCAAUAAUCAUUUUUUUUUUUAUUCAGUUUUUAAAUAUCCAUUUCGAAACUGUAUUUUCAAGUGAACAUUUGCAAAAACCUUGAUAAACCUUGAUAAAAAUCACACGCUCACAACGAGCAAUGAGAUAAUAGCACAAAUACAAUGUUUUCAAUGCUGAUAAUUUUCUACCAAUUAGUGUUACGUUAAAAAAGAAGAUUACGUCGAGAUUACAUUUGAUUAGAUUGCAAAGAGUUGUUGCAGCACCAAAAUUAACGGCUACUGUAAAUAUGAUCCAUGUGAUCUUGUAGUUACAUUCUGAUAAAGUGUGUAUGUGUAUAACGUACUGUAUCCCUUGGACUAAAAUAGAAAUUGUCGCAUGAGACAAUAUGUAUUAUAUAGAUCACCGAUAUGACACAUUGUAACGUAUAACGUAAAAGUAUUAAACAUUUGAUCAAAAUAUUGCUUUUAGAACCUAUUUUCUCAGGUAAGUGAUGUUUCCCACAUAUUAAUCCUGCAAAAGCAUCCGAGCAUGCACACACCAUAUACACACCAUACAUACACACACACACAUACACAACGAACAUUAACGAAAUGGAUUUAUUGUAAGACUCGAAUACAAAUCAAAUCUCUGUAUCUACGAAUUAAAGGUGAAUAAAUUAAAGACUCACAGUUGUAACAAAA